AUGAUGAGCUCGACUCGUUUCCGCCCUCCUUACAGUCAUCUUCAUAUCACAGGCUGCUCAGUUGGUCCUGCGAUGCAUUCCCGAGUGACGGUAGCGAGUGUACAUCAACGAUUAAUGCGGACAAAUGCCGUCAUGGUACUCAGUUUGCUGUGGGAUUCUGGCCAGCUGCCAAUCGUUCAUGUGAAAAGCAAGGACAGUUGGUUCCGUGCCAGGAUGCCUAUCCCAACAAUUACUCCCAGUCAACUCACUCCCAGACCUGAUCCACAAGUUGUAAGCGACUAUGCCAUCGUAGUCGUUGAAGAUAAAGGAACUGUGGAGGGAAACGUUUGCCAAAACGCAGUCGUAUCAAUUUUUAACGCAUCCACUGCUCAUUUCGUACUAAAAGAUGUACAGGUCCCUUCUAUUAUUACGCAGACAUUUACCGAGCAUCGAGGAUCAAAUAGCUCUUGCUACUAUUCAGCCUUUCCUGUUCUAGGAGACCAACCAUUACGACUGUUUCCAACAGGUGAUCACUGUGGGAUCGGACAGAAUCUGAUCAAGUUUGGAGUCAAUACAACUGUACAGUGCAUGGCUAGAAGAUCGGCCUUUGAAGCGGUCGAUGGGUGUCCGUCUGACGAGCAGUUGAAAGCAUUCCUCACUUCAGAAGUUUCCUACGUAUGUAAUUGUGGCAAGUGUGACGUCCCUUUAAUGAGGCAGCUUCCAUCCACUCACGACUACAAUACAACAUCGUGUGUGGCUAUCCAUCGAGCUACCAUGACUUUCACGUUUCGCAACGGAUCCAUCAAUGGUGGACGGAUAAGUCUGGUCUCUGUUAUGAUCAGACUAUUCGGAACCAGGGCCCUUGAGAACUCCAACGGAGACGGCAUAAAGAAGAAGCAGAUCCCUGAAGAAGGCCCCCCUCCUAGUGUACGACUACCGCAACGUUUCGAGCCUGGAGGAGCACUUUCUCUUAACCGUUCGAAUACGAUUCAUCGAAUAUCGAACUCCAUGCCGGAAAACCAGGAUGAUGAUGAUGACGGUGAUGAUGAUGACAAUGAUUAUGCGGAUAAUCUGAUAAAAGAGCAACUUCGACGAUGUGGCACCUACGCUACAGUGGAUCCCACUACGGAGCAGCACAAGUGCUGGUUGGUCGCCAAGCAGGACACCUGCUCCACUCGUUUUCAUGCAUGA